UACACAGAGCAAACGUUAUUUGUCUUUCUUUAUUCCCUUCCCAAACUCUCAGCUAAAGACACCUGGACUACUGCUACCAUAUAAUCCUUUAAGAAUUAGAUGAUUUUCACAAGUCCCUCUUGAGAUCCAGAUUGACAACCUGAGGAAAAAACAAUGGGUCCAUGGUAAAAUGACAGAGGGUGACAGAUAAGUACAUAUCAGAGAGUCUGCAGGAGGUGAUGAGCAGAGAAGCAUGAAGCACCCUUCAGUUUGAGCUGUAGGUCACAGUAUGCCUAUACAGCUCUGUGACUCCAACACACAGCAUCUCUCUCUUCAGAGGAAUAUUCGUUUCACUGCAUUUCUCACCCACUCUGUCUCUCCUGCUCUCUCUCCCUCUCCCUUUCUCCUCCUUUCCCUCCUGUGGCACUGUCAGUAGCGCACUCUCUCCACUUGUUUUUUUACAACCUUUCUUCCUCUCCAGUCUCUGAUCUCUAUCUCAUUCUCCUUUUUUCCAUCCUCACACUCAUCUUCUCUCCUUAUUUCUCCCUCUUCCAUUCUUUCUCUGUUGACACAGAGGAAUGCAGUAUGUGGCAAGCUAUGGCUCUUUGGCUGUUGAUACUCGUGACUCUGUUCCGGGUAUCAGUGCAGGGUCCUCACCAGCGGUUUCUACUCAGGGAGCUGCUGAGGGACUACAACCCCAUGGAGAGACCGGUGGCCAACGACUCCCAGGCUCUCACCGUUCAGUUCUCCUUUACUCUUAUGCAGGUCAUGGAUGUGGAUGAAAAGAACCAGAUCAUCACCACGAAUGCCUGGCUGCAGAUGCAGUGGUACGACCACUACCUCCAGUGGAACCAGUCAGAAUAUCCUGGAGUUAAGAACCUCCGUUUCACUGCUGACCAGGUCUGGACACCCGACAUAUUGCUUUACAACAGCGCUCAUGAUAAGUUUGAUGCCACCUUUAAGACCAAUGUGCUCGUUAACUCCAGCGGCUUCUGUGAGUAUCUGCCUCCAGGAAUUUUUAUAAGCACGUGUAACGUGGAUGUGCGAUGGUUUCCAUUUGACAUCCAGCGGUGUGAACUGAAGUUUGGCUCAUGGACAUUUGAUGGCUGGCUGCUUGACCUCCAGAUGAAGGAGGCAGAUGUGUCAGGAUACAUGCGCAACGGAGAAUGGGACCUGCUGGAGGUCCCUGGAGGUCGUCAUGAAAUUUUCUAUGACUGCUGUGCAGAGCCCUACCCAGAUGUUACCUUUGUGGUGACUCUACGAAGGAGGACUUUGUUUUACGCUCUCAACCUCCUCCUCCCCUGUGUGCUCCUUUCCUCCAUGACCCUACUGGUCUUCCUGCUUCCUGCCAACUCAGGGGAGAAAAUCAGCCUGGGCAUCACGGUUCUGCUUUCUCUGACUGUCUUCAUGCUGAUGGUUGCAGAGAUUAUGCCUGCCACUUCAGAUUCUGUACCCCUGAUAGGUCAGUACUUUGCCAGCACCAUGGUGAUUGUUGGGAUGUCAGUUGUAGCCACAGUCAUCGUCCUUCAGUUCCAUCACCACAGCCCCAACAGUGGACACAUGCCACAUUGGGUGCACUUGGUUCUGCUGCAGUGGGUUCCUUGGUUCCUGCGGAUGAAGCGUCCAGGAGAGGGAGCGGAGCCUACUCUUUCAAACAGCCAGGCAGAUUGUCAGAGCAAGACCCUGUCCUCUCCUACCACCACCACUACCACCACCACCAUCCCUACGCCAGUGCCCCCCAUCCUCCCACAGAGCUUCAACUCCCUGCAGGCCAGCCUGGCUCAGCUCAACCACCCUUUGUCACACUCCCACCGGCCUAACCCUCAGGCUGUCAUCCUCCCUAAUACCAACCACAGAGAUCCCAGCCUCAAUCCACACCCACAGCCCAAUGGUCAUCUUCUUUACAUGGGCUUCCAGACCUUCCAGACCACUGCAGAGCUGGACCCAGUUCAGAGGAGCAGAACCACAAGUUAUGGGAGGGUUAACACUGGACUAGGUGGAGGAGAAGGAGAGGGAGCAGCAGCAGCAGGAGCAGGAGGAGUGUCGGGAGAUACACCUAUCCAUCACCACCACCCAUCUUCCAAGUUUGGGACCCCCCCACAGGAAACUCCGGUGUCCCCAGACCCUGACCCAUCAACCACAUCCUCUGGACCCUGUGGCCUAGAGGCUGCAGCUGGAGCAGGGAGGUCAGCUGCCAUACAUACCCAUAGCGGUGUGAUUCGAUCUGUGGCAGCAGACAGCCAGUUGCAGGCUCUUCUGGUGGAGGUGCAGUUCUUAGUUGAGCGUGUUAGGGAGCAAGACAGGCAGCUGAGUUUGGCGGAGCAGUGGCAGUUUGCUGCAGCUGUCAUCGACCGCCUGUUCCUGGUGGGAUUCAGUGUUUUCAACAUCAUCUGUACCAUCGCUAUUCUCAUGGCUGCUCCCAACUUUGGAGAAGCACUGUCAAAAGACUUCCUCUGAGAGACCAAAAAUGACAGAUUUGAGAGAGCGAAUGAGAGAUGUUGAGGGAUAAUACAGAUAUGGAUUUGUUGGAAGCACAAUUGCUGUUAAUGACACUGAGACAUACAACAGCAAAUCUUUCCUUUUCAGUAAGCUGGAGUGGCAUAUGUGGAGUGGACUAUGAUUCACAAACAUUACAAUAUUUUGCAAUAUUUUUUUUUUGAAAAGUCUGCCAUUUUUCAUGACGGAAUAUAUCUGACCAUGCUCACUUUUAUUCUUGUUGCAGUGGUUUCUAUAGAAAUUCGAUUGAUGUGCUUGUUUUCUCCAAAAGAUGGCACUCCAUCAAUCAUCUAAUGGUUUGGUGAAUUUUAUUUUCAACUAAUGGCCUCCAAACUAAAACCUUCAUCAGAACAUCAAAUGUCUCAUUGGGAGAUGGAUAAUAGUUUGUGGACUAAUCAACAAAAUCAUCAAUAAUUUUAUGAGGAAAUUAUUAUUAUUUACUAUUAUUAUUAUUAUUAUUAUUAUUAAUAGUUUUGUGAAUGAGGAAUCUCAAAGAAAAAUCAUCCCAGAAUUUAUGUGAAAAACGCAUGACUUUAUUACAUUUGUUAUAAAGUAUUUGUACUGCCAUCCUGGGAUGCUACAUGAAGAUACUCAGUAGAAAAACUUGACACUGAUGCAUGUAAAAUGAGCUUUUACACUCAUGCAGGAUUCAUUUCACAGUUUACUUUCAGAAUUACAAUUAAAACUGAUUAUGUUCACUUGACAUUGAUUAUCAGUGGGAACAACACAUACCUCCAUGUGCUCUUUUGUUACACACUUCACCAAAUAUAAUGAAUAAUCUGGUAUUGUUUCACUAUUGAAGGAAAUAUGUAUGCAGAAAAUGCUAAUCUCUACGACCCUGGUUAGGAAUGUAAAUCCUACCGUACAUUUCGCAGAACUGAAAUGCCAAUGUGACAGACCGAGCUGUAAACAUGGUGAAAUAAACUGUCUCAUGUUUUGUACUCUCUAGACAUGCAUCAAAUGUGAUCAGUAGUUUUUCACCUGAGAUCAAAAACAUAAAAAGGAAAAUCUUUAUCACAGUAAUACAGCCUGAACAUUGCCCAUAUAAUGGGAUGAUGACAUUUGAUCAAUUUCUGCAGCACCUGUAUCAAUCACGCUAACUUCAUAUUAUACUGUAAUGUUUACAAUGAAGCAGAAAAUGUACUUAUAUCCCUAGAAAAACAUGCAUCAUACAGCUAUAGGGAGUAUUUUUUUUACCUUUGUCAUUCACUUUAUAUAAAGCAAUAACAUGAUAUCUCAUCUGAGAGGGCUGGGUGAAGUACUGUCUCUGUCUUCUUCUGAAUAUGGGAUACAGUUCCACAGUCACAGCUAGAACAGAUAUGUCAAAGCUCUGGUUAUAUUCGUAAUGUGGGAUGCUAUUGUCUUUCUGUGGAGACAUAUUUACAGACACAUACACAUGUAUGGGGUUCAGAUUGCAAACUGUGAUUGAGAGAGGCUAGAAAUUAUAGGUCACGUUAGCUUUUUACGAGACUUUUUAUCUUAUAAAUGCACAUACACACACCAUAGCACACCUUCACCCAUCCACUCACACCUUUAUGUAUGCAGAACAUGCUAAUCUCCACGACCCUGGUUAGGAAUGUAAAUCCUACCGUACAUUUCGCAGAACUGAAAUGCCAAUGUGACAGACCGAGCUGUAAACAUGGUGAAAUAAACUGUCUCAUGUUUUGUACUCUCUA